UGGAGUAACUGGGUAAGCUCCUCUUCCGUCGGUCUUUGAGGAGAUAAGGGGCAAUGACGAGGGGGCCCACCACCACCACUCUUUUUCCUCUCAUUUUCCACCAGCAAAACUCGAUACCCGUAAUCUGAUCUCUGUAAAAUGCAAUUUAGUCUCCAGAUUUUUUUCCCUUAUCUGAGGUCACUUCAAUUAACUGCUACUUUCCUUUACAAGAAUCAUUUGGAUACCACUAACUUCAAUUCCCUAAUUUGUGUUCUCUUACUAAAACUUAGGGUUUAGAAUUGACAUUGUAUUUUAGAACGAGUUGGUUAAUCUUCUUUUUUUCUUGUUUAAUUACUUGUUGUACUAUGCUUUUUCUUUAUGCAAUUUGAAUUAGGGUAUUGUCGCUUGGUGAAAGCUUACAUUGUACUGUAGCUAUUCCCCUAUUGAAAAAGGUAGGAUUUUUAGCUUCCAACCCCUUAUUUUCAAAAAAUAAAGUUUCUAAAUUUAGUAACUUUUUUCUCUUCUCUUCCUGGCCACUAAGUGGGUUGUGAUGUUUUUGUUGGCUUGAGGUUCGUUUUUUCUCAUUCUUUUGGGUAGUAUAUGUUUAGAGGUAUAGCUAUUAUCAGUGUGUAAAUCUUCUUUGCCAUAGUUUGAGCUUUCUUGUUUUUGUAUGUCAUUUUAUCUGUUUUGGGAAUUGAACCUCUUGGGUGGUCAGAUCUGCUGUUUUGAUGGAUUUUAUGGGUGAAGCUGGUUUUGCUGUAGGGAAUAUGAUCCAAGAUUCAACUGCCAGUAGUGGUGGUUUUGGCAGUUGGGGUCCUAAUUUUUCCGACCAGGCGGUUUGGGCUACUGAGGAUGAUUAUAGAGCCUGGAACAGUAAUGAAACUCCUUCCAAUUCCCAGAAUCGGUCUGGGAGUGAGCCUCCCAACAAGAAAUCUCGAAAUGUGCAAGGUUUAGAUCCCCGCGAUAUAGUUACCAGUAGCUCUAAAGCAAUCGGAAAGAUGUUCUAUAAAACUAAAUUGUGUUGUAAGUUCCGUGCGGGUGUCUGCCCCUACAUUACUAAUUGUAACUUCGCUCAUGGAAUAGAGGAGCUUCGCAAACCACCUCCUAAUUGGCAAGACAUAGUGGCUGCACAUGAAAGUGAGCGGGGAGGAGGAGGAGGAGUACUGGCUGUGGAACCAAGAGAAGAACACCAGAUACCAAUAUUGACUUCUCCUGAUUUGCGCGGGGAGUCUCAAAGGUCCACUAAAGGGAGGCAUUGCAAGAAGUUCUACACUGAAGAAGGAUGUCCUUAUGGAGAUAGUUGUACUUUCCUUCACGAUGAACAAUCACGAGCUAGAGAAAGUGUUGCUAUAAGUGUGACUCCUACUGUUGGUGGAUUUGGUAAUAAUGCUACUGGAACAACCCUAAAGCCUUCAAAUUGGAAGACGAGAAUUUGUAAUAAGUGGGAGACCACUGGUUAUUGCCCAUUUGGCAGCAAGUGUCAUUUUGCUCAUGGUGUGGCAGAACUGAACAGAUUUGGUGGAGGACCUGUUGAAACAGAAGGCAAAGAUUCUCUUUCUGUUCCUCCAGAUUUAAAGCAGGGAGGAAGUUCAUUUAAGACAACGGAAAGUACAGUGCCCUCAACCAUUUCAGCGCUCCACACAGAUGUUUAUCAUCUAGGGCAGGGUGUUCAGGUACAAAGGCCGAGUAGCAUAGUUGAGAGGCCUGGCCAAAGGCUCUUUCAAAAAUGGAAAGGCCCCGAUAAGAUUAGUAAAAUAUAUGGUGACUGGAUUGAUGACAUCGAAUGAAGGAGUCAUCAUAGUUAACUACUAAUCUGUUUACCAAGAUACUGAAUAGCAAAUGAUUGCUUUCAGCCAAUAGGCAUCCAGAGGAAUUUGACCAAGUUUUUCUUUUCAUCCUUUGAACCUAAUUUAGGACAUGCCUAAUCAUGUUGUUUUAGAGCUACAAGCUAGAUUACUGCUUGUGAGCCAAUGUGUAAUCUCUGCCAUGUACUAUAGUCAACUUGUUUGUAAGAAUAAGGACUAGGAUCUCUAUAUUUUUUUUUUUUUGAGAUUUUCACCGCGCCAUGGAACCUUGUAGAAUGCAAAGUAUAAACUGUAACUUCCUUUGGGGCAGAUAACUUAAAAUGUAUACAGGUUUUGCUUGUGUA